GUUCCUUAGCACUUCGCACACCCACGCACUCUCAGUGAAAUCAUCAUUAGGUUAAUGUGAACAUGAGCGGGUUUACUGGCAAACGGACAGAAUUUACGGAGCGUGUGGAGUUGCAUGUGUUUUAUGUACCCGAUGAUCAGUUUGAUCGAAGGUUGAAUAAAGUAUCAGCUGAAGCUGUUGACACUUUCAUCUCAGCUGGGUUUAUCAGAGUCGAUUCAGAUGUGAGUCUGUCUGAUCUGAGAUCUGAUCUUGGAACAUUUCUUGGCCUGGACAGGAUCGCAGAUAGAUACGUUUUUUUAAAAUGUGUUGGCAGAAGUUUGGCUCUAGUUAAAUUCAGACAAGAGAAAGAACUGACAGUAAAAUCCUUCACUCCACCGUUUGCUCCUUUUCCUGAACUGUACCUUUUACCCUUUGGAGAGAAUGACAGAGAUCUUUGCUCUAGCUCUCUGACCCCUGAUACUUUAAUUAGCAACACUAACCACCAUAGUCACGAUUUGCCAAGACCAACUUGUGCUCCUGGCAAAAUAAAAGAGCCCAUUAAAUUCCCCUCAAUCAAUAAAGGACCUCAGCAGUCUGUCCUUAUGCAGGAUGCAGAGGAUGAGAGUGAUGAAGACACAGGAUCCAGUGACACUCCUCAUCUAACGUAUGGUUUGCAAGAUCAGAUGGAGUCCCUACACAAACAGUCCGAAAUUGAUACAGCUGCAAAAAAGAAACAUUGUUUUAAAAAGAACAACAGAAACUGUGGAGCUACAGAGUUGUUUGAGGAUUCUCGUGGACUGGCGAGGAAUUUCAGCAGUUCUCUGACGCUAAAAUCAAGUGAAGAAAGAACAGAUGAUAUGGUUCUUAUGAGCAGACCGACCUCUCCGCUCCCAGCAGAGAGAAGUUCUCCACUGUCUGUCUAUUCCCUGGAACUUUACACACAAGAAACAACCACUAAAAAUAAACUGAUAGAGGAAAUCAAGCUAUUUAAAGAGCAAAGAAAGGAGCUUGAACGAUCAAGGCAAGAGCUUUUGAAAAAGGGCAGGGAGCUUUUAGCUCUUAACAGACAUCGCAGGAACCAAGCUCGUGACCAGUGGAAGAGGCAAUAUUUUAACACUAAGAAGGCAACGAUACUUUUGGAGGACACACUGAAAAGUGUACGACUAGACCUUCACACCUUCUACUGUAAAAUGCUACAACAACUCCAAGCCAGGGAUGGUGCAAAGGGACAGACGCAAGGAAAGAAACAGUCAAGCACAAAGUUAAAGAAUGACUUGAUAAUCCAGAUUAUGACGGAGAGCAGUGAAAUUGAUAAUCUGAGGAAAAAUGUGGAUGAUGUUAAAAUGAAACUGGCCACAGAGAGCAAGUUGAGAAAGCAAGCUGCCACAGAACUACGCGCCCUGAGAGCAGAACUGAUGCAAAAGAGAGCUCAGUUAUGAAGAAACACGGAAUACAUGCCUAUGUGCUCAGUAUUAGGUUACUUAGAAAUGAAAUUUCUUUGUGUUCCUUGUGAUUUAGCUUAUAAAAUGACUAAUGGUGCAACAGUGUGCACCAGUGUUUACACAUUUUGAAGAAAUUAACAUAUAGAUGGUUGACUUAUUGUUGAUUGGAUGUUAAAACACUUAUGAGAGUAUUAUAACACCUACAAAAUUAUUUACUUUAACAUUUAACUAAAUUUUUAUAAUUUGUAAAAAUUAAGUGCGAAAAAUAUGAGCUGUCAAGAAAACCAUAUUACUGUUUUUUCAAGUUUUAUGCUGUCUAAACGACAUUUUAUAAGCAAGUAAAGAACAUUUUAAGAAAUUAACUGGAGAACACAACUGACAAAAUGAUCUAAAUGUAAUUUUUUUGUGAUUUUGCUUUCUGUAGUGAUGGGUCAUGACGUUGUGAUUUUUUGGAACAACCUCUUUAUGCGCUGUUAUGAGUACAUCAAAUGACCACUUCUCCCCUCUUAGAUUGGGACACUAGACGAGGAGUUUUACCUUGGCACUAUGAGAACACUCCCAAUAAGGGGCUUAAUAUCAAUUGGAGAAAGUUGGUCAGCUGGGUAAUCUGAAAGAUUGGUGGGAUAUCUAAGGUUGGGUACACCCCAAAAUAAUUUUGGGACAGUCCUAGGUAAUGUCCCGAAUAUCUUGGUGAUUUUCCUGUGGUGUGAUGUGUGUUAAAAGUGACUAAAUCUGCUCAGAAGAACAUUGUAGGUGCCCCAGUCAUGUUACUGUAUCAUCAAUACAAGGAAGACACAAAAGUGUAAUAAAAUAAACUGUAUUAACAAAAGGUAAUCAUGAGCAAUUACUAAAUAAAUACCUUGAAUAAAA